AUGCUGAACCAUGGUCACCCUGCUUCUUUAUAUUGUAAGAAAACCGUGCUGAAACAACAUCAAGAACUCGAAAAGGCAAGAAAAUUGGAAAACAGCGGCUAUAAAAUCCCAGACUCCAGCCAGCCACACGAUGGCACGGCACCGCCGCCUCCAGGUGCCCGGCAUGUGAGGAGCGGCGCCGGGCUGGGCGGGCGCCCUCCCGGCUCCCCUCAGAGCUCCCUCCUCUCCCGGCUCUGCCUCACCGCGGCGGGGCUGGACGCGGAUAACCAUCCCACUGGCUGGAAGCGACUGCCGGCAAUGCCGCCUUCGGUCCGCUCCGGUCGCGGGCAGCCCGGCGGAGCCCGGCAGUCCCCGCACCCACGGGCUGACAGGACGGCACCGCCCGCCAGCCCCGCCACGCUCCCGGGCGGGCUCCGCUCUGGCCCCUCGGCAGGACGGCAGCGAGCGGACCCUCCGGAGCAGCUGCACAGCCCGAAACCCGGCGGGGGAGCGGGCGGGAGGCAGUGCCCCCCCGCGCCGGGCUCCAGCAGCCCCUCCGAACCCGGGCACGCCGGCCAGCCCGCGCCCCGCUCCGAACUUCAGGAGCCAGAGGACCACGACGAGCCGGAGCCCCGGAGUGGCUUUCCCCGCUCUGGCGCGCCGACCCUGCCCAGCAGCAACCCCCUCCCGCCGCCUCACCAAGUUUGCCCGCCGAGCCGGUGGGGCGCGCGGCCGUACCUGGGGCAGGCAGCGGGCGAAGCGCAGCCCAGUGGUGCUGAAGGAUGCCCGGCGGGCGGAGACGGCCGGCUCCGCUGA